UAGGGCCGCACCCACAGCAUAUGGAGGUUCCCAGGCUAGGGGUCUUAUCCAGCCGCAGUCACCUGCCUACACCAGGGCCACAGCAGUGCCAGAUCCGAGCCGUGUCUGCAACCUACACCACAGCUCAUGGCAGCACUGGAUCCAUAACCCAGUGAGUGAGGCCAGGUAUUGAACGCAACCUCAUGGUUCCUAGUCAGAUUCGUUAACCACUGAACCACAACGGGAACUCCGAAAAAAAAAAACUUUUCUAAAGGGACUGCAUCUGCUCAGGAAAGAGACAUGCUGUUGUUACUUUUACAUCUUUUCACGCACAAAGGUGGGCUCAAACAAGGGCUCUUUUGAGAAAGUCAGUGUCUUCACAGCUAACAGAUACUCACGAUUAGUACAGUGAACUGGAAAAACAGGUUUUGACCUGAGUGGGAGGGAUCCUGGUGGAGGAAAGGGUGAAAUACUAAAUAGGCCUAGGCUGGGUGUCCUGCAAGUUACAACCUGUGCAGAGAGGCCAGGAAACAACUCUGGUGGUCACUGUUGAACAUUUUUACUGUGACAAAUUCUGUGUUAGGUCAGGAGCCACCAGGGUCCCUGGACCAGGUGCGGGGCAGGUAUAGAUUUCCUGUAUAGUGGGAGAGACCAAGUGUUAUGUGUAGCAUCUUAAACCCUAGAGUUCAUACUCAUCCCCGUCCAGGUUCAGCCACCAAAUGUGUGGCCCACUCCCUCUUUGGGGCUCCAGGACUUGGACAAGUUUAAAAAACAUGUGUGGAGGGCAAGGACCACGUUGGUAACCAGACUGCAGGGCCAAGACAGGCCAGGGACAGUGAGUGGGCAAACACAUUGGGCUCUGAGGGAACUGCCAAGAGCAUGACAGGAGGAGGAGGAGGUUCUUGGACUGCUCAGUGUCACGGCUGUGACUUGACUGUAUUCUGAGACUGACGUGCAUGUCGUUGGUCUGCUUUCAGGCCCAUUUUCCUAGAAUGUUCCAAUAGUUUCACAUUGGGAUUGGGGAGAAUACUGAUAACUUUUUCAUCCCAUAGGCCCAGGUUUUGUGUCAAUUUGUACACAAAGUAUAAAUAGCAGUCUUCCAUCCUGCCUCCAUAGCGCCUUCUCUGCCUUGUUCUAAAUGAGCAUACUAAUACUGUUUCUCUCUGUGUCAGCUUUGGACAGUGAGGGUUGGCCCUUGAGACCACAAACAAGUUCUGGCCUUAGCUUCCCAAUACCCAGCAGUGACAGUCACAGUAUCAUGACUGAAUAAAUAUUGUUCACUGCUGAGUCACGUGACUGGCUUAUGUUUUCUCUCAGGAAAUCUUAAAAUGACUUCCUUUUUUUCAUUUUCAUCCUUGGCUUUUUCGGUGUACCUGUCAUUGGUUUUCCCCAGUUCCCCUAGAAUUGCCAAACCCCACGUUUAAACCAGUAUAGGUACACAUUCCUCUUUUCCUAAAACAGCUCCUUCUGGCUUCAGCUUGGGCCGGUUGCUGUGCAGUCCUGCCGCUGUAUCUCCCUGUUGCUUUGGUGGGGGGCUCUGCAUGCCUGUGGCAACCUCUAGAAGGCUGCAUAUGUGAUGCCUUGCACUUUUGACCCCUUGGUUCUGCUUGACACUGAAUUUUGCUUUGGCUGAUACAGAAUUAUAGGUUGAAAACACUGCUAAUGUUUCUCUUGGGGGAGCAGUUUUAGGUUCACCACAUAAUUAAGAGAAAGGCACAGAGAUUUCUGAUAAACGCAUAGCCUUCCUUACUAUCAGCAUCCCUCAGUGGAGCAGUGCAUUUGUUACAGUUGAUGAACCUACAUUAACACAUCAUCCAGAGCCCACAGUUUGUUUACAUUAAAUUUCACUCUUGGUAUUGUGCAUUCUGUAGGUUUGGAAAAGUGUAUUAAUGACAUUUCUACCGUUGCAGUAUCAUACAGAAUAGUUUCACUGCCCUAAAAAUCAUUUUGUAUUCUUUGUAACCCUGCAAAACCACCGAAAAGAUCUUUUUACUAUCUCCACCGUUUUGCCUUUUCCAGAAUGUCACAUAGUUGGAAUCAUACAGUGUAUAGUAUUCUUAGAUUGGCUUCUUUUCACUUAAUAAUGCACAUUUAGGCUCCUCUGUGUCUUUUCAUGUCUUGAUAGCUCUUUUAACUAUUGAAUAAUAUUCUGUUGUUUGCAUCUACUCAUCUACUGAAGGACUUUGUGGUUGCUUCCAAGUUGUGGCAAUUAUGAAUAAAACUUUUGUAAACAUCAGUGUUGCAGGUGUCUGUGAAUAUUAGUUUUCAGAUCCAUUGGGUAAAUACCAAGGAGUGUGGUUGCUGAAUUAUAUGGUUAGAGUAUGUUUUGUGAAAAACCUCCACACUGUUUUCCUAUUGGCUGUACUAGUUUUGCAUUCCCACUAGCAAUGAGGAAGAAUUCCAUUGUUCUGCAUCCUUGCCAUUGCCAGGUUGUGUUGUGGAUUUUGGCCUUUGGUCAUACUAAUAGGUGUGCAGUAGUAGUUCAUUAUUUUAAUUUGCAUUUUCCUGGGGACUUAUGAUGAGCAUCUUUAAUAUGUUUUUUGUUUGUUUGUUUGUUUGUUUUGUCUUUUUAGCUACUUCUUGGGCUGCUCCAGCGGCAUAUGGAGGUUCCCAGGCUAGGGGUCGAAAUCAGAGCUGUAGCCACCGGCCUACGCCAGAGCCACAGCAACACAGGAUCCGAGCCGCGUCUGCAACCUGCACCAUAGCUCACGGCAACGCCGGAUCGUUAACCCACUGAGCAAGGGCAGGGACCGAACCCGCAACCUCAUGGUUCCUAGUCGGAUUCGUUAACCACUGCGCCACGAUGGGAACUCCCAAUAUCUUUGAUCCAUUUUAAAAAAUGUUUUUCUGGCCACGCCUACAGCAUGUGGAAGUUCCCAGACCAGGGAUCAAACCUGAGCCAUAGCAGUAACCAGAGCCACAAUGGUGACAACACUAGAUCCUUAACAUGCUGAACCACGAGGGAACUCUCCCUUUUUAAUUUAAUAUAAAGUUGUUAUUGUUGAGUUUUAAGUGGUCUUUGUAUAUUUUAGAUGAUAGUCCUUUAUCAGAUGUAUAUCUUGGAGAUAAUUUCUCCUAGUCAGGUUUUGUCUCUCACAGAGAAGAAUUUUAUAAUUUUAAUGAAGUCUAGCUUAUCAGUUAUUUCUUUCUUGGGAUCCUGUCUUUGGUGUUGUUAUCUACCAUGUCCAAGUUAGAUGUUGGUUUAAAUUGCUCCUAGUUUCCUCUUUUUAAAAUUGUGUGUUUCACUUAGGCUGUGAAAUCUGCCAUGUCUCUGUAUCCUAAUGCCCUGUUAUUUGUGGGCAUCAGAUCCCCUCAUCAUGUUGAUACUGAGCCUGUGUGUGUGUGUGGGGGGGGGGUGUUAUGGGUUUUGUUUUUAUUGUUUUUUCUUUUUAAAUAGUAUAUUUUCUGUUUUGCUUCUCUUAAGAUUUCUGUCUGUUUCAGUCAUUUCCAUUAGGGUCUUCUUAAAGGGAGUUAGGAGCUGUUUGGGGGCCUCCAGAUGCAAGAAUCCAUAGGUCCUUGGUUUGAGGCCUCCAGGUCUCAUGAGCAGGUCCACCUGGGCACUGUGCCUCCCUGUUGACUUCACUGUAUCCCUCUGCACUGUAUCCCACUGCACCCCAUGCCUUCUGCCUGGAUAGUAGAAUCAGAGCUCCUGGUUUACUUACUCCAAAAAGGUCCCACUUGGUCAGAUUUAGAUCUCACCAAAAUUUGUUGUCUUCCCACCCUCCACACCCCCAACACUUCUCUCUGUCCUUUUGAGUCAGUCAUCACUUUUCUUUAUUGGUAGUGAUUUUAGGAGUAAGUUGAGAUAAAUGUGUGAGUUCAGUUCCUUCUGUCCUCCAUAAUUUAUCAUCCUCUAUGUUUAGGAAAAUUGGCUGGCUGCAACAAAGGAAGUAUAUAUUAAAGAUCUUUUUUUAAGUUUUCAUUUUAUAUAUAGGUAGUAUUCAAAAUCGAAAAGAAAAAAGUAUCAAGUGCACUGAAGCCUGCUGGAAGGGGCUCUACUGGGCACACUUAGACCCACUGGGGUGGUUGUUCUGAUCCACUGAAUAAACUAGAAUGCAUGAGUUCAUGCCAUAUCAGUACACAAAGAAGGGAAUGGUGGUUCCUUGCAGUAGAAUACUAACAGCUUUGAGAAUGACUAAAUAGAAAAUCACCGUUUUGACAGUUUUCAUAGCAGUAAUUCAGCCAGGAAAUGUCAGAGUGCUGAAACUAGAGGGUGGAAGUUGGAUGAGGAGCAGGACAUGUACAUAGUCACCCAGUCCUCACUGAUGACUAGGCAAAAAGUAUCUUACAGUGGAGACUUGGCAAACUUAAGUGGAGAUCUGGCAACUCCACCUGAGCCUGUCAUCAGAGGUGACAUGGAACAGUGGGGAUCUGGGGCACACCCCCCAGGUGGAGUACAGUGGUGCAUGCCUGGUUACCCCAGCAACAUCCAUCCAAAGCCCAAAGACUGGGAGCUCAUGGUUACUUCCAGGGAUGGGGGAUUAGGAAUGUAGGGCAAAGCCCCUUCCUAGCCUUGACAGUGGCUUCCAUCCACCAACACCCUCUCAGUGAUCCACGUGCAAGUAGCUCCCUACCUGCUUGGAACAAGUUCUCUGGUUCAUUUGGUUUUCUGUCAACACUCACACAGAGUUCUUUACAGUUGAAAGCUACCACAGUGUGGCUUCACUUAGAUGCUAAAAAUCCAGAUUCCUUAGCUUUCAGCAUUUGAACUUUCUCCCUUCUUGUUUGCAACUAAAACUGUUAAAGAGUGAAAGUGCUGAAUGUGGAGGGGCCAGGCCUAGGCAGCCUUGGUGCCCUGGGGACAUUUCAGGAUGGGAGAUCUCCUCUUCCCAUGAGCAGCACUCUCCCACAAAUGACAAAUUACGGUCACUUGUGCCUUCCUGCAGAUCUGGGUGUCUGGGGCUGGCUGGGCUCUGACCUUGUGUCCUAGCCAGCUUGAUGGUAUCCCAGUGUUUCUGCUCUACUGGGUAAGGAAAGCCUGGGAGGAACAUGUUCUUGUGUGAGCAUGUUGCUACACGGAAUAGGCCUUCUCUCAAGGAUAGCACUGACCAUAGCUUUCGGCAAAGUUUCCCCUGACAGGCUCUCCAGGACCGUUGCUGUGAGUUCACCUUUGGACUGCAUGCCUUCAUGUGCUACCCUAGAGCCCAAGUGUUUUCACCCCCUGGUCCUACCUGCAGGAUGUGCUAAGCUCUCAGCAUGUUAAUAAAGGUUUCUCUGGCCAGUGUUGCUCCCACCAGUCUACAGCAUGGGGAAUAUCUUUGCAAACCUCUUCAAGGGCCUUUUUGGCAAGAAAGAAAUGCGCAUUCUCAUGGUGGGUCUAGAUGCUGCGGGAAAGACCACCAUCCUGUACAAACUGAAGCUGGGUGAAAUCGUGACCACCAUUCCCACUAUAGGCUUCAACGUGGAAACCGUGGAGUACAAGAACAUCAGCUUCACCGUGUGGGACGUGGGCGGCCAGGACAAGAUCCGGCCACUGUGGCGCCACUACUUCCAGAACACGCAGGGUCUCAUCUUUGUGGUAGAUAGUAAUGACAGAGAGCGUGUGAAUGAGGCCCGAGAGGAGCUCAUGAGGAUGCUGGCAGAAGACGAGCUCAGGGACGCUGUUCUGCUUGUGUUUGCUAACAAACAGGACCUUCCCAAUGCCAUGAAUGCAGCCGAGAUCACCGACAAGCUGGGCCUACACUCUCUGCGCCACAGGAACUGGUACAUUCAGGCCACCUGUGCCACCAGUGGUGAUGGGCUCUAUGAGGGACUGGACUGGCUGUCCAAUCAGCUCCGGAACCAGAAGUGAGCUGUACACCUCUCUCCUCCCCUCUCACUCCCUCUUCUACCCUUGCUUUACUCUCAUGUGGCAAACGUGCCCCUGUGGUGUGAGUGCCAGAAGCUGUCUCCAUGGUCAGUCACAGUGUGCUUCACCAUGCUGUAAAUGUGCAGACGCAGCCUGCAACUGGGUUUUUAUUUAAUGUAAAUAGUUUUUGUUUCCAAUGAGGCAGUUUCUGGUACUCCUAUGCAAUAUUACUCAGCUUUUUUUAUUGUAAAAAGAAAAUCAACCCACUGUUUAGUACUGAGAAAGGAUUUUAGGCACACGGGUCCUCUAGAAGUCACGUGUCAGACAGGCCCAAUCCUCCUCCUCUGGGCUUUAGAUCUGUGUUGAGAUCCAUUUUGGUGGUUGGUUUUUAACCCAAACUCAGUGCAUUUUUUAAAAAUAGUUACAAAUACAAGAUAAGGAGAACACUUGAACACACAGAAGGGAGAAAUGUGCCUAGUGUAGGUUCUGCAGUAAUCACCUGAGUCCAGUCCACUGGUGGUCUGUUUCCCAUUGGGAACAUGAAAUGAAAUGGAGCAGAACCAGCCAUGAUCCAUUCUGCAUGGUCACAAUAGGAUCCCUCUGAUUGGCUCUGUCUUGGGUCAUCCCACACCCCAUUGCGUUUUUGCUUGUAUUUGUGCUCACAUGGCCGCCCAGGAGAUGGACUGGAGCUGCAGCCACUGCUCCCAGACCCCUUGGAGGAACCCCAGCCUUUUCUUGAGUCAACAUGGGCACCUUGGUUGGAACACUCUGGCUGGAGCGGGAGCCCUGCAGUCCCCUUGCUUGCCUGCUCCGGGCUCUCUGGGGUCUCACCAGCAGGAGCAUGGGUGGUCAUCCUAGAGCCCCAGCCCCUUGGAGCCCCUGUCUACAUGUGCUUUCACGCCCUUAGCCUGCAGGGGUCAGAUUUGCCAUCGAAAAUGAUAACCUCUACUUUUUUCUUUUGUAUUUUGAUAAACACUGAAGAAGCUGGAGCUGUUAAACUUUAUCUUGGGGAAAACCUCAGAACUGGUUUAUUUGGUGUCGUGGAACCUCUUACUGCUUUCAAUACACGAUUAGUAAUCAACUGUUUUGUAUACUUGUUUUCAGUUUUCAUUUCGACAAACAAGCACUGUAAUUACAGCUAUUAGAAUAAAAUCUCUUAACUAUUU